AUGUUCACUUCUGGUGGCUCCCAAAGUCUUGAUGAUUUACAGGUUGAUUCAGUAUGGCCCGAGUUCAUUUCUUCAUCAUGUUUAAUAGAAGAAGCCAGCAUUGUGCUACAAUUUGGUUUCUUAGGAGUUUUUCUGCUCCAAUUCAUAGGAAACGUGUUCGAAUCACGACAUAAAGGCAGGGAAGAUGCUAUCAGCGCUGAAAAAUUUGCUGUUGGGGCAAGGGUUGGCCUUAGUUACAAGUUGAUCAGUGCUUGCUCCACUGUACUGAUAGGAACUCAUUUUUUUAUGCUGCUAAUGCUGCAGAAUGAUGAUGCCUCUCGCUGCAAGGUAAAGUUCCUAGCUUUUUCGUUCGAGAUCUUGCAUAUUCUGUGCUGGGCUGUUUCUCUAGCUAUAUUGUACAAAAUUUUAAGAGAUAAACAUGUCAAGCUACCUUGGGUCCUGAGGGUUUGGUGGAUCAGCGGCUUCUUGCUGUCAAUUGUAUCUUUAGUCCUUGAUGGUGGUUAUGUAAUACAUAAUCACGAAGACCUCAAAGUGCAAGACUUCACUGAUGUCCUAAAUCUUCUUGCUUCCACCUGCUUAUUUGUUGUUUCGGUUAAUGGGAAAACAGGGUUAGAGUUUGAAAUUCAAGUGGGCAUUACUGCCCCACUACUGAAUGGAAAGACUGGAAAUGAUUUGGAAGAAAAUUUGGGAUGUCUUUAUGGAAGGGCUACUCUUCUUCAACUGAUAACCUUUUCUUGGCUCAAUCCUCUGUUCAAAAUUGGGUAUGAGAAGCCUCUUUAUCAGGAACAAGUUCCAGAUGUUGAUUUCAGGGACUCUGCUCAUACUCUAUCCCCCUCUUUUGAUGACUGCUUAGAUCAUGUGAAGAGAAAAGAUGGAACAACAAACCCAUCUAUCUACAAGGCACUAUACAUAUUUGGGAGAAAAAAGGCAGCAAUUAACGCCUUUUUCGCAGUUAUUGGUGCCGCUACAUCCUAUGUGGGUCCUUAUCUGAUUAAUGAUCUAGUAGAAUUCCUAAUUAAUAAAAAGUCCAGGAGUUUAAGAAGUGGCUAUCUGCUUGCGUUAGCUUUUCUAAGUGCAAAAAUGGUAGAGACUAUAGCUCAGAGGCAGUGGAUAUUUGGGGCUCGCCAGCUUGGCCUCCGGUUAAGAGCUGCCCUCAUAUCUUGCAUAUACCAAAAGGGCCUAGUUUUGUCGAGCACUUCACGUCAAAGACGUACAAGUGGAGAAAUCAUUAAUAUUAUGGGUGUAGAUGUUGAAAGAAUCUCAGAUUUCAUUUGGUACAUGAACAUGAUCUGGAUGUUGCCUAUACAGAUUUCCUUGGCAGUCUAUGUGCUGCAUAACAACCUAGGAUGGGGAUCGCUUAUAGCUUUAGCUGCAACCCUGACAGUAAUGUGUGGCAACAUUCCAUUAACUCGUACUCGAAAGAGAUUUCAGGGAGAGAUAAUGAAGGCAAAAGAUGACAGAAUGAAAGUCACGUCUGAAGUUCUCUGUGUUAUGAGGACAAUUAAACUUCAAGCAUGGGACAAUUAUUUUUCGCAAAAAUUAGAAAAUCUGAGGAAAAUUGAGCACCAUUGGCUGUGGAAGUCGCUAAGAUUGCAGACAAUCAUAGUUUUUAUCUUUUGUGGAUCACCAAGUUUUAUCUCUGGGGUGACUUUUGUUGGAUGUGUAUUACUGGGAAUUCCUCUGACUGCAGGACGAGUGUUAUCUGCAUUGGCGACAUUCCGGAUGCUCCAAGAUCCUAUGUUUAAACUACCAGAGUUACUUUCAGUCAUUAUUCAAGGAAAAGUUUCUGCAGAUAGAAUUGCUUCUUAUCUCCAUGAAGAUGAGAUUCGGUUCGACUCAUUGUCAUUUAUUGCUAAAGAGAAAACAGAAUUUUCGAUUGAGAUUGAUAAUGGUAAAUUCAGUUGGGAUAAUGAUUCAAGCAAUGCGACACUUGAUGGAAUCAACUUGAAAGUGAAAAGAGGAAUGAAGGUUGCCAUCUGUGGCACUGUUGGAUCAGGAAAAUCCAGCUUGCUUUCAUGUAUACUUGGAGAGAUGUCAAAACAUUCAGGGAUUGUAAGGAUUAGUGGUACAAAGGCAUAUGUCCCACAGUCUCCGUGGAUAUUGAAUGGACACGUUAGAGAAAAUAUUUUAUUUGGAAGUCCAUUUGAUAAUUACAAGUAUCUUAGAACAGUUGAGGCCUGUGCCUUGAGAAAAGAUUUUGAGCUUUUUCCUGCUGGGGACCGAACUGAGAUUGGAGAAAGGGGAAUAAACAUGAGCGGAGGCCAGAAGCAAAGGAUACAAAUUGCUCGAGCUAUGUAUCAAGAUGCUGAUAUAUAUCUUCUUGAUGACCCCUUCAGUGCUGUGGAUGCUCAUACAGGCACACAACUCUUCAAGGACUGCUUGAUGGGGAUCCUCAAGGAAAAGACUAUUAUUUAUGUAACCCACCAAGUAGAGUUCCUUCCAGCAGCGGAUCUUAUCUUGGUAAUGCAAAAUGGAAGGAUUGCACAUGCCGGUUCGUAUGAAGAACUUUUGGAACACAGUUUGGGAUUUGAAGUCCUUGUUGGUGCUCACAACCUGGCUCUACAAUCAAUUACAACAGCUCAGAACUCUAAUAUAACAUUAGACACAGAUCUCAAUUCCACUUCAGAAUUUUCACAAACAAAACAAGAUUCCAAGCAAAACCAGUGUCUGGAAAUAACAGAACAAGAUGGGCGACUCGUGCAGGAAGAAGAAAGAGAAACAGGAAAGAUUGGCAGAGAAGUUUAUUUAUCUUACUUGAACAUAGUUAAAGGGGGUGCUUUGGUGCCAAUAAUUUUACUGGUUGAUUCCUUCUCUCAAGUGUUGCUGGUUACCAGCGAUUACUGGAUGGCAUGGGCUUGUCCCACUGGAAAUGUUGAACUAGUGACUGGGAUGCGUUUCAUUCUACUUGUGUACAUUCUUCUUGCUGUUGGAAGUUCAUGUUGUGUGCUUAUCAGAGCAAGAUUGGUGGCUUUCGCAGGCCUUCUGACUUCGCAAAAGCUCUUUAGCAACAUGCUAAAUAGCAUCAUUCAUGCUCCUAUGUCAUUCUUUGACUCGACUCCAUCUGGAAGAAUUUUAAACAGGGCAUCAACAGACCAAAGUGUCCUAGACUUACAGUUACCAAGUAACUUACAUUGGUGUGCGGGGUCAAUGAUUAAAUUGCUUGGAACCAUCAUGGUGAUGUCACAGGUUGCAUGGGAAGUUUUUAUCAUUUUCAUUCCGAUCACAGCAAUUUGCAUUUGGUACCAGCAAUAUUAUAUUCCAACCGCUAGAGAGCUGGUACGUUUAGCUGGGAUAAAGAGAGCUCCAAUCCUCCAUCACUUUUCUGAAUCACUUGCUGGUGCAGCAACAAUUCGAGCUUUUGAUAUGAAGGGUGGCUUCAUUUACUCAAACCUCUGUCUGAUCGACGACCAUUCAAAACCAUGGUUUCACAAUCUAUCAGCCAUGGAAUGGUUUUCUUUCCGAUUGAAUCAGCUAUCCAAUUUUGUAUUUGGCUUCUCCCUAGUAUUGCUUGUGUCACUACCAGAAGGAAUCAUAAAUCCCAGCAUUGCUGGGUUAGCAGUAACUUAUGGCAUCAGCUUGAAUGGUCAACUAGCUGAAUUUAUUUGGACUCUUUGCAAUGUAGAAAAUAAGAUGAUAUCAUUUGAAAGGAUUCUUCAGUAUUCUAAUAUUCCAAGUGAGGCGCCCCUGGCAGUUCAAGAUUGCAGACCACCAGAAAUUUGGCCAAAAACUGGGACUAUCCAGUUCAUAAAUUUGAAGAUCCGUUAUUCUGAACAUCUACCAUUUGUAUUGAAGAACAUAACCUGCACAUUUCCUGGGAAGAAAAAAGUUGGUGUGGUUGGUAGGACAGGAAGUGGGAAAUCAACCCUGAUACAAGCCAUCUUCAGGGUUGUUGAACCUACAGAAGGAAGCAUUUUAAUUGAUGGAUUAGAUAUCACAAAAAUUGGGCUUCAUGACUUGAGAUCAAGGCUUAGCAUAAUACCGCAAGAUCCCACAAUGUUUGAGGGAACCGUGAGACGAAACCUUGAUCCUCUAGAGCAGUAUUCUGAUAGUGAGAUCUGGGAGGCACUAAACAAAUGUCAGCUAGGUGAAUUGGUGCGUUCGAAGACAGAGAGGCUAGAAUCUACAGUGGUGGAAAAUGGAGAAAACUGGAGUGUUGGCCAAAGGCAACUAUUUUGCCUUGGAAGAGCAUUGCUGAAGAAGAGCACAAUUCUUGUACUAGACGAAGCCACUGCAUCUGUUGAUUCUGCUACGGAUGGUACAAUACAGAAGAUCAUCAGUCAAGAAUUUAAAGAUCGAACUGUAAUUACGAUAGCUCACAGGAUCCAUACAGUUAUCGAUAGCGAUCUUGUCUUGGUCCUUAGUGAUGGAAUGAUAGCAGAAUACGACACGCCAGGUAAGCUACUGGAAAGAGAAGAUUCAUUCUUCUCUAGAUUGAUAAGAGAGUACUCCCAGCGGUCACAGAGCUUUGGUGCCUUCUCCAAGUGGGAAGGAAUGGGGACGAAUUCUUCUGAUUCAAGCAGUAGGAGAGGCAGGAAACAGAGGAGGAGAGAGAGACAUGAGCGUGGUGAGGAUAUUCAUCACAGGAGUAAGGAAUCUGGGGAUGUAUAUGGCAGCAUUGAGGAUAAGAAUGUGGGCAGUGAUUGUGACACUGAUAGGAAAAAUCAGAGGAGCAGGAGUGAUAGGAGGGACAGGGAAAGAGAGAAGAGACGAGAGGAUGAGCGUAAAGAUCGGAGAAGGCACUGGGAUGAAGGGGAGAAGGAGACAAACACUAGAAGGAAAGAGGAAGAUAAGAAUGGGGAGCGAGAAGUUGCUGGAGGUCAGGUGAAUGUUAAACCUAAUGUGGUCCAGAAACCUGAGAAUUUGGGCAGGAGUGGCGGAGUUUAUAUUCCUCCAUUCAAGCUGGCGAGGAUGAUGAAGGAGGUGGAGGACAAGGCCAGCUUGGAAUAUCAAAGAAUGACAUGGGACGCUCUGAGGAAGAGCAUAAAUGGGCUUGUUAACAAAGUUAAUGCUAUAAACAUUAAAAAUAUUAUCCCGGAGCUCUUUGCUGAAAAUUUGAUCAGAGGGAGAGGCCUGUUUUGCAGGUCAUGCAUGAAAUCUCAAAUGGCAUCCCCUGGUUUUACUGAUGUCUUUGCUGCUUUAGUUGCUGUCGCAAAUACAAAAUUUCCUGAAGUUGGAGAGCUCCUACUUAAAAGGAUCAUAUUACAACUGCAAAGGGCCUACAGGCGCAAUGAUAAGCCUCAAUUGCUGGCAGCUGUGAAGUUUGUAGCUCAUCUGGUGAAUCAGCAGGUUGUUCAUGAGCUUAUUGCUCUUGAACUCCUGACAGUUUUGCUCGAAAACCCCACAGAUGAUAGUGUUGAGGUUGCAGUUGGAUUUGUGACGGAAUGCGGCUCCAUGCUACAGGACCUCUGCCCAAAGGGAUUACAUGGUAUCUUUGAGCGGUUCCGUGGGAUUCUUCAUGAAGGAGAAAUAGAUAAGCGGGUUCAAUUUUUAAUUGAAGGUCUUUUUGCUUUGAGGAAAGCAAAAUUUCAGGGAUAUCCAGCUGUUCGCCCAGAACUAGACCUUGUGGAGCUAGAAGAUCAAUUAACUCAUGAAAUUUCUCUUUCAGAUGAAAUAGAUCCUGAGAUUGCUUUAGAUAUUUUCAAACCGGAUCCCAAUUUCUUGGAGAAUGAGAAGAAAUAUGAAGAACUUAAGAAGUCAAUAUUAGGUGAUGAGUCUGAUGAUGAAGCUGAUUCUGAUGGGGAGUCAAAUGAUGAUGAUAGUGAGCCUGAAGAGGGAUCUGAAGAAGAAGAAGAACGUAUGAAAAUACAGGAUGAGACAGAGACAAAUCUAGUUAACCUUCGGCGAACCAUCUACUUGACGAUCAUGUCUAGUGUUGACUUUGAAGAAGCUGGUCACAAGUUGCUGAAAAUCAAACUAGAGCCCGGCCAAGAGAUGGAAUUGUGCAUUAUGCUCUUGGAGUGUUGCAGCCAGGAGAGGACUUACCUUCGAUACUAUGGACUUCUUGGCCAACGUUUUUGCAUGAUCAACAAGGUUUAUCAAGUGAACUUCGAAACAUGUUUUGUGCAGCAGUAUUCUAUGAUCCAUCGGCUUGAGACAAAUAAACUGCGUAAUGUCGCAAAAUUUUUUGCUCAUUUACUUGGCACUGAUGCUCUUCCCUGGCAUGUCUUGUCCUACAUAAGACUGACUGAAGAGGAUACAACAUCAUCUUCCCGCAUUUUCAUUAAGAUUCUCUUUCAGGAAUUGUCUGAGCACCUUGGUAUUCGCCUGUUGAAUGAGAGGUUGAAUGACCCCAUGAUGCAAGACUCGUACGAGUCUAUUUUCCCGAAGGAUAAUCCGAAGAAUACUAGGUUUUCCAUCAACUUUUUCACUUCAAUAGGUUUAGGUGGAAUCACUGAAAACCUGAGAGAGUACUUGAAGAACAUGCCACGACUUAUCAUGCAACAACAACAAAAACCAGCCUCAGAUGAUGAGUCUGAUAGUUCUGGUUCCCAUGAUUCAGAUUCAUCAUCAAGCUCAGAUGAUAGUGAUAGCGAAAGUGAUAGUGGAAAAGAUGAUACACGAAGAAAGCGGAAAAGAAGAAGCUGA